UCUCGCUCGUAGCAACCUGAUUCGGAUGAUGAGAUAGUUCCAGGUGGGGAGAGAGAGAGAGGUGGCUGCCAGAAGAAGCGUGGGAGGAAGGGAAGUCCGUUGCUUCGGAGGCAUCUGCGGAUUGGCGAGGUGUCGAUGCAGGUGGUGCACAAGUUGAUUGCUGGCGUUCGCCCCAGCCUUGGCAGUCUCCUCCUCCACGGACGCGACGAUGAUGACGAUUGCGACAAUGACGUGCCCUUCCUGCGAUCCGUUCCUCCACUCUCCUCCUCCUCCUCCUCCUCGUCGUCGUCGUCGUCAUCGUCAUCAUGCCCACCCUCUUCUUCUUCGUCACCGUCUUCCCUCUCAUUGUUGGGAGAGAAGGACGGCAAGAGGGAGGAGGGACAGGUCCGGGGCAUGGGCGAUGACAGCGUCGACGAGCGUUCCGCUUUCGUCGUCCGGGGCGGAACCACCAACUCCAAACACCAGAGGAGGCGGAGGACGGGGAGCGGCGGCGAUGUCGGUUCCGGGCCCCACGGUUUAGGCGUGGGCCCAUCGCCACAUCCAUCGUUCAGAGAGGAUGUUGGCCACGCUGCCGCGGAGACGUACUUGAUUACCCGCCUCAGCUUCACGUUGCUUCGCUACCUGGGGGUAGGUUACAGAUGGAUAACCAGGUUCCUUGCACUUGGUCUUUAUGCUUUGCUCCUUAUGCCAGGGUUUUUGCAGGUUGGGUAUUUCUAUUAUUACUCAAGGCAAAUUCGUCGAAGCAUAAUUUAUGGGGACGAAGCAAGAAAUCGGUUGGAUUUGUAUUUACCUUUAAGCUUAGAGGAGCCAAAACCUGUCGUGGCAUUUGUAACUGGUGGUGCCUGGAUCAUCGGGUACAAGGCAUGGGGUUCUCUUUUGGGACAACAAUUAGCAGAUAGAGAUGUUAUAGUAGCAUGCAUUGACUACAGGAAUUUUCCUCAAGGGACGAUAAGUGACAUGGUGAAAGAUGCUUCUCAAGGAAUCUCAUUCGUGUGCAAUAACAUUGCUGCAUAUGGUGGUGAUCCCAACAGAUAUUUUUGUCUGUCUAGAGUAUAUGUGAUGGGGCAAUCAGCUGGUGCACAUAUUGCUGCUUGUGCUCUUGUUGAACAAGCAAUGAAAGAAUGUGGAGAAGCAGAGCAUUCUGCAUGGAGUAUCACACAGAUUAGGGCAUAUUUCGGCAUCUCUGGAGGGUACAACAUGUUGAACUUGGUUGAUCACUUCCACAGACGAGGACUAUAUCGGUCAAUAUUUCUUAGCAUAAUGGAAGGAGAACACUCCUUGCAGCACUUCUCUCCUGAAGUAAUUGUUCAAGAUCAGAGUAACCGAUCAGCCAUCUCACUUCUACCUCCUUUCGUUCUUUUUCAUGGAACCAGUGACUACUCCAUACCAUUAGAUGCCAGCAAGUCAUUUGCCAGUGUUCUUGAGAAGGCUGGAUCUCAUUGUAAGCUUAUUUUAUACGAAGGGAAGACACACACAGACUUGUUUCUUCAGGAUCCUUUCAGAGGGGGAAGGGAUGAGCUUCUUAAUGACAUUCUUGCUGUGAUACAUGCGGAUGACCCAGCAGCACAGGCUGAUGAUGCAGCAGCACCACCCAGGCGUCGUCUUGUGCCAGAGUUUAUGUUGAAAUUGGCUCGUGAAAUUAGUCCAUUCUGAACGCGGGUUUCAUGAAUUAUUGAAUGGUUGACUAGUCCUAAGGAUCCAUGAGGUGUACUCCAAGCUGUUUGUUGUUGUUUACAUAGAAAUGUACAUUAAACUUAUUUCCUUAACGUGAUUGCUAGUCUUGGACAGAAGCUAAAAGUUCCUCGCAUUGUUCACCCCUAAGUUGAAGGUACGUGGUCAGGACUUGAGAUGCUAUUAAAUUUUCUUCUUCUUUCUUGUGCAGAAUGUAACGAUGUAAACUGUUGCUUUUAAUUGUUCUAGAAUUGCAUCCACUUAGACAUAUGGAUAGUUACAUGUCUAACACAACCUCUUGCGCUGCUGGUGGCUCUCCAGGCUAUAAUUUUAUUAUUCUGUGUUCAUCUGGUUGUGGUGGUAAUGUGGUAUAUGUGCAUGUUCUCGUGAGCCCAUAAAGGGCUUUACUCGGCACCAAUUCACGU